AUGCGCUUCGCACUUGCUUUUGUCGCUGCCAUCGUUGGUUUUGCUGCUGCGAGUCCUUUGAAGGCUCGCGCAGCUUGUGGACUUCGCGAAACCACCGUUCCCUUGCUCAGGGCAUACAACGCAUAUGCCACUGACCACCUCUACACUACAGACGAAGCAGAAAUGGAAAACGCGGUUGUCAGGCUCGGGUAUAGCAGCGAAGGAACAACUGGCCACAUCUUCCCCAUUAAAGAGCUCCACACUGUCCCGUUGUACAGGCUGUACAAUGCUGCGAUUCAAGACCACUUCUAUACCACCAGCACGGAAGAGCGUGACAACGCUGUCAAGGAGCUUGGGUAUACCGAAGAGGGGAUUACCGGAUAUGUCUAUCUUGACACGGCCUGUGGAGGCCUUCCUCUCUACCGUCUCUACAGUGGCGGUGCCACGGACCACUUCUAUACCAUGUCCGCCGCUGAGCGGGAUAAUGCAAGCAAUAAUUUGGGAUAUACCCAGGAGGGUAUUGCGGGCUACAUAUUCCCGUAG